UAUAGUCUAUACUCUAUAGUCUAUGGUAUAGUUCGUAGUUAUCAGUGCGGUUUUGUUGAGAAGUAUUUUAUUUACUUAUUAUUAUAACUAAUUUGUAUCCUAAAACCAAAUAAAAAUAAAAGAAAAAUGGCUCUACAUAUUCCCAAAGCUCCGGGUGUACCCCAAAUGUUAAAGGAAGGUGCUCGGAUGUUCUCUGGUUUAGAAGAAGCAGUAUAUCGUAAUAUAAAUGCAUGCAAACAAUUUGCACAAAGUGUCCGCUCAGCAUACGGACCCAACGGGAUGAACAAGAUGAUCAUCAACCACAUUGAAAAGCAGUUUGUCACAAGUGACGCUGGCACAAUCAUACGUGAGUUGGAUGUCGAGCAUCCUGCUGCAAAAUUGAUGGUUUUGGCCAGUCAAAUGCAAGACUCUGAAGUCGGUGAUGGCACAAACUUUGUUAUUGUGAUAUCUGGGGCAUUGUUGGAGGCAGCUGAAGAGUUAUUGCGCUUAGGCGUCACCACUAGUGAGAUAGCUGAGGGUUAUGAGAAAGCUAUGGAUAAAUGUCUAGAAAUUCUACCUGAACUCGUGAAUUACGAGAUUAAAGAUUGCAAGAACUUUGAUGAGGUUGUCAAAGGUAUCAAGCCCUCUAUAAUGGCUAAGCAAUAUGGCAAUGAAGAUUUUAUAGCUGGAUUGGUAGCUAAGGCUUGUAUUGCAAUACUCCCAGAAAAAACAACUUUCAAUGUUGACAAUGUUAGGAUUUGUAAGAUUCUUGGAGCUGGUCUUCUCCAAUCAGAAGUUCUAUCUGGCAUGGUGUUCAAACGUGAGGUAGAAGGAGAAGUCAGCAAUGCUACUAAAGCCAAAGUAGCUGUGUAUUCUUGCCCCGUGGACAUCACACAAACUGAGACCAAGGGCACAGUUCUCAUAAAGUCGGCAGAUGAACUUCUCAACUUCAGUAAAGGCGAGGAAUCCCUUCUUGAGAAACAGAUAAAGGAUAUUGCUGAUGCUGGAGUUAAGGUUAUUGUGGCUGGUGCUAAAUUUGGUGAUAUGGCGUUGCACUUCUUGAACAAAUAUGGAGUGAUGGCAGUCCGUCUUAACUCAAAGUUUGAUUUACGUCGCCUAGCCAGGACUGUUAAUGCAACAGUACUACCUCGCCUUACCACACCCACUGCUGAAGAACUUGGUUACUGUGAUGUUGUAAGAGUAGACGAAGUAGGUGACACAAGGGUGGUUGUAUUCUCUAUGGAGACUUCAGAAUCACGCAUAGCAACAGUUGUUAUUAGAGGUUCCACAGACAACUAUAUGGAUGAUAUAGAGAGAGCCAUUGAUGAUGGUGUCAACACAUUCAAGGGAAUUGCUAGAGAUGGCAGAUUUUUACCCGGUGCUGGCGCCACAGAAAUAGAAUUAGCUCAGAGACUCCUUCAGUAUGCGGAUACAUUGCCUGGUCUGGAACAAUAUGCAGUGAGGAAGUUUGCCGUAGCGUUGGAAAGUGUCCCUAGAGCUUUGGCAGAUAAUUCUGGAGCAAAUGCUACAGAAGUUGUGAACAAUAUCUACAAGGCACACAGGAAUAAUGAAAAGAAUGUGGGCUUCGACAUUGAUACAGAAAACAAUGGAGUUUGUGACGCAACUGAGAAGGGUGUUCUCGAUUUAUAUGUAUUGAAGUAUUGGGGCCUUAAAUAUGCAGUCGGUGCAGCCACCACAAUUCUGAAAGUUGACCAAAUUAUUAUGGCCAAGAGGGCCGGAGGACCAAAACCAAAAGCACCAGCAGGAAGCGACGACGAAUCAUAAUCACAACACUGAUCUAUCAGUUUUCAUCAAUGCAUUUGAAUUAUUUAAGUUAAUACAUAUUGGUCACAUUUUAUUUUAACAGAUAAUACAUAAUUCGUAUACUUAGCUUGAAAGAGUAUUUUGUUUAAUGCUAUUUUAGCUUGUAAACUAACUUUAAUA